GACGGCUGGAAUUUCACAGCGUGACGUCACUGCCUACAACUCUCCCAGAAUUUGGAUCAAGAAGUUUCACUUUUUUGGUUGGGAUAUCGACCUCUGGUUAUAUUUCCUAGAAAGCGAGAUUUCAACAGAGUGAAGGGCUAUACUUCAACAGUCUUCCAGAUAUCCAUCACAUCUAGAGAGGAGGAAAGGUGUCAGAGAUCCUGAAGUCCCCGCCAUCACGUAGAGUUCAUAUUUGGAACCAUGUGGAACCCAGCAAACAGUACCGAGCAGACGGGACAGGUGGCAGCCAGGAUGGAGACCACUCCGUCCCUGGGAAGUGCAAGCAUUUCCGUCUCCCAGCAGCAAGCACCCAAGAAGUUCGCACCUGUGGUCGCACCCAAGCCCAAGUUCAACCCUUACAAACAGAUGGGAGAAGCCCUCCACUCUGAGCCUGCAGCAGACUACCCUCCCCCUCCACCACCAGCGGAGGAUUCAGCCGGUCUCCCUCCGUCCUCGGGCUCCUUCCCUCCUCCUCCACCGAUGAACUCGUACGAUUAUCAGAGUAAAGGAUCGGAGAAGACUCUGGAGGAGAGACGCUCCAGUCUGGAUGCAGAGAUUGACUCCCUCACCAGUAUCCUGGCGGACCUGGAGAGCAGCUCGCCCUACAAGCCGCGGAGCACACAAAACUCUGGAUCCACAGCAGCCUCCACCCCCAGCGCUCCAGUGACUGGCUACAAGCGUAUGGUCAUUCCAACCCAGCCACCUUUGACUGCCACCAAAAAAUCUAUGCCCAAACCUCAGGCUCCCGGGGGAGUCUCGUCCAUCCCACCAUCUUCUGCUAGCCCUGUAGCCAAGCCUCAGAGCCACACGGCUCCUCAGCCUGUCCCAGCCUCCUAUGCUACAGCCUCAACCCCGAGCCAGCCCACCUUUAAUGUCCAGGUGAGGUCAGCCCAGCCUGGUCCCCAGCACCAAGCCCCACCUGGGCAACAAUUUGGCCAGCAGCCCAUUCGCAGUCCUGCACAGGUGCAGUACAUGCCGGCCCAGCCUAAAGGUCCUGACUUUGCCUAUGGACCUCCACAGCCAGGCUUCUCUCCGAUGGCUCAGGGUGGGUAUCAGGAGCAGCACCAUCCAGGAGCAGCUCAAGUCGGCGGGUCAAGGAGACCUGAUCCAGUGCCUGUCCAAGCAUACCAACCACCAGGCCCCAAGAAGACCUACAUUACAGAUGUUCCACCAAGCUUGGCCCCAUACACACCUGGACCCACCAUACCACCAAAGGGCAGCGCUCCCAUGGCUCACCCUGAAGAUGAGCUGGAGCGCCUGACCAAGAAGAUGCUGUUCGACAUGGACAACCCGCCAUCUGAGGAGUAUUUUGGGCGCUGUGCCAGCUGUGGAGAGAACGUAGUGGGUGAAGGCACCGGCUGCACCGCCAUGGACCAGGUCUUCCAUGUCGACUGCUUUGUCUGCAUGACCUGCAGCACCAAGCUGCGUGGCAAGCCUUUCUUUGCUGUGGAGAAGAAGGCGUACUGUGAGCCUUGCUAUAUUAACACCCUGGAGACCUGCACCAUCUGCAGUAAGCCCAUCAUGGAGCGCAUCCUGAGGGCCACGGGGAAAGCCUACCACCCUCACUGCUUCACCUGCGUGGUGUGCCACCGCAGCCUGGACGGCAUCCCAUUCACCGUGGACGCCUCCAACCACAUCCACUGCAUCGAGGAUUUCCACAAGAAGUUUGCUCCACGCUGCUGUGUGUGCUCUGAGCCGAUAAUGCCGGCGCCGGGUCAGGAGGAGACCGUCCGUAUUGUGGCCCUGGACCGGGAUUUCCAUGUGCAGUGUUACCGCUGUGAGGACUGUGGCUCUCUGCUCUCAGAGGGGGAUAACCAGGGCUGCUACCCUCUGGAUGGACACGUCCUCUGCAAAAACUGUAACACCAGCCGCAUCCAGGCCCUCACCGCCAAGGCCACCACUGACCUCUGAACAACCCGCUGCCCGGUCAUCUCCACUGUGAUAAACACAACGCUCACUCUCUCUCUUCAUAUCUCCCCCAUUUUUUUUUCUUUUGCAAACAUACCCAUACACACAAGCUUGCAUUUCUCAGCAUAUACAGUAUAUCUUACAUCAUAUAUUCAACUGCAAUAACAGAACAAACACCACAUGUUCACCUGCAUACAUCUAUCUGUAGACUUGGUACAAUCACAGCAGGAGAGGCUGUGUAGUUUUAAUUAUGAUGUGAAAACAAUUAAUCAGCAUUUUAGGAAAGAGAAAGCUGAUGCGCUUUUAAUUUUAAGAAAUGGUUAAAAUAAACCUACAGUUAAUGACAAGCUGGCUUUGCUGCAUAAAAACUAUUCCAUUCCUGUCCAAAGUUGGGAAGAAAUCCCACCUGACUGUACCCUUUCAGCUCUAGGAUUAACAUAUUUUAAAUAUUAAAUAAUCUAGUACUUCUCUUCUAAUUUAUUUUAUUAGAAACAAGAUAUAUAAUGUGGGGAAAGGAAUCCCUGAGUGGACAUGCAUCCGUACAUUUUAUUUUUAUUCAUUGUUCAGUGUUAAGAAAUUUCCUCAGAUUAAAAUUUAAAAUUUAGGCCAACUUAAGUGACAAUAACUUAAAGGUGCACACUGAACCAGGAAGUCCUCUUCCAUCAGUAUACCAGUCAUAUUAUGUUGUGGUUGGUCCCCACAGUCGGGACUUUACUGAGUGGGUAACUUCACUCAUGGUGCAAAAGUGUCUAAGAGUGAAAGACUGAAAGGUGUACUUUGAUCCAGAAUUUGCACUUCUGCAGAGUUUAGAAUGUUAUCCUUGUUAUGUCGAGGAGCUCCCCCACAGGUGGGACUUCUCUAACUGAGUGGGUAACUUCACUCAUGGUGCAAAAGUGCCUAAUGCCCAAAGACAUUCUGGAAAAACUCUGCAGAUUGAGGGGUAACUGCCAAAAAUUUGAGUACAAUGACAAAAAAUACUUACCUUGAUUGAGUACUAUUGACUUAAAACUAGAAUUUUUUUCUAUUAACUCGGAAAAAUUGAGUUGAAAUAGCUAUUUUGGAUUUUUAAGUCAACACAACUCAUGUUUUAACAACUUUCAACUGUUCGGUCUUACAGUGUAUGAUAAGGAGUUGGUAUCUAUAGAAAAUGACCAACAUGUAAUCACUGUGAAAAGAAAACAAGCAUUGACAUCACAGGAAAUUCAUAUAAAAGGGUUGAAAUCUUACUAGUUAUCACAGGGAAUAAACUAAAAUAUAAAAUGUAUGGAAGCAUGUCCGUAUAUACUCAACGCUUUUGAGCGUUUGAGCAGUGGUUCUCAACUGGUGGGUAGGACCCAAAACGGCAUUCUUUAAAAGCAUGCUUGUAUUGUCCUGUUUCUUUCUUUUUUUUUUUCAUCUUUUGUUCUGUCUGAGGUUCAAGCCCUACUAUUUUUAUGACGUAAAUCUGACUAACCAAAAACAAUCCAAAAUUUGAGUCACAGUUCCCCUUGAGGAGUCAAUGGUGGGUCCUGGGGCUUGACCAGUUGAGAACCGCUGCGUUAGACGAGCUGGUACUUAUAGUUUUCCAUCUUUGGACAGAAUAGCACCCUUUUCAUGCUAAGCUAAGCCUAAAGGUGUGGUAUGUGUAGCUGAACAAAGAUUGUUGUUGAAACUUUUUACAACAAUAGCAUGUACAAUCAUAGAAUAUGCUAUAAUGAACAAAGACAUGGCAAGUGUUGUAACCAGCUAACGUGAGUAACCAAGGUUACACUGCUGAGCUGUCACACAUAGAGGAGGAGAAGCCCUAAGCAUCAACUUCAGAAAGUGUUGCUCACAAUGCUUCUGCUACUAAAGAUGUUUUUAGAGUGGGCUUCAGAGAAAGAGGGCAAUCUGAAUGGCGAUUGUUGUGGUUAAAUUUGACAGCACCUGUUGGGUGUGGUUCACUUACCCCAUCUAUAAGGUUUAGCUCAGUGCUGCAUCAGUGUUUCUAUACAUUUCUUAUAACUUCUCAACAGGAAGGGGAUAAAGACUGUCUUUAGGUUUGAAUAUUGCUUAACUCACUCUCCAGUUAAUAGUACAAAUAUAAAUCCUCCCUCAGUGUUAUUAUCUCACAUCACAGUCAUCCUGUACCAGUAUUUUGUAGCCAGGGCGCUCAUGCACACAAGCCGAAAUAUUUCUCCCCGACUGGCUCUGAUCUAAAAUGGAGUCCAUAAAAAUGUUUGACACAUCUGCCCUGCAGGUGAACGCAUAAAGGAUAAGUGUGUAUGAGCAGUAUUUAGAAAAUCAAGAUCAUUGAACAUUUUGUUUACUCUUCAGUGUUUCUCAAAAUGAGCUGACGGUACAGAUACGUGGAUAAAACGACACCAUAGAGCUCAUUAUCACAAAACAUCUCUGCCUAACUGAGCACCAAAGAUUUAGAUUUAAACUGCCACAUUUACUGUGUGCUUAUUUUUUAUGCAACUAAAGAAAAUGUAACAUUUAUUAGGACCACAGGAGCUACAAAUGCACAGCUGUUGGAUGCAAUUCCCUCAGAACAACCCGCUUUCUUUGUACUUUCCAUUCGAUUUUGUUAUUAUGCACACAAAACUUUGUUUUUUAUUGCUUGACUGGCACAAUCAUUCCAUUCACACAGCCUCAUAGGUGAGUUCAAUGAUAUCUUAUUGAGCAGAUAAACGUGUAUAUCUUUGUCUCUCUUAUACAAUCACAUAGAUUAGAUUAGUGAACAUACUUUAAGCAGUUUGGUAGAGAUUUCAGAUGGCUAUGCAAUUUUUAAUGUCAAUUGCAUCGACACUUUAUGAGAAAUUUUAUGAAUAAGGAAAUAUUUUACCUGUACAGAUUCGACAUAAGUGUCCUUAGAGUUCUUCUUUAAUCAGAACGAUGCUGUUGGUACUGUGUGACUGUGCUGUUUGUCAGUAUUGAUUGUACCAUCCACAUUUGUCUGCUAGUUUUAGUGUUUGUUUGAAGAUUGAUGGGCCAAGAGGGGACCAGGAGAGAUUCCCCCAAAAAUAAGUGAUUUUUUUUUAUCUGUUCCAUCCAAGAGUCUUUUACCAGUAGUUUGAUAUUUUUUUUAAUAGUUCUUUAUGUAAUAGAAAGAGUGAUGAUAGAUUCUUAGGUUGGGGGAUUAAAGGUACCUUGUGGAGUUUGAACACUAGAGCUGUGAAACAAUGUGUUUUUUAUGAGUGGGCGUCCUUUUGUUUCAGAUUUGCUCAUGGAUAUACAAAGGACUGGACCUCAUUGUUCCCAUCAGAUAAGAAAAAGGUCAUGUUAGACCACCCAAAGGAGGAGAACUAUCAAAGAGGGUAAUCCAAAUUUAUCACAAAAUAUCUGAAGUUCUUCUUCCAUGAAGAAAUUGCAGUUAGACUGCAAAAUGAUCAAAUACUUUCACAAGACACAGACAAUGACCACAACUGCAUGGAAAACCUCUAAAUUCAUGUCAAAAAGAACAAAGAGAGGUGCAGAAGUAUUGCAAAGGAAUCCAAAUAUGCUCCCCACAGGCAAAAAUGACACAAAACCAGCACAGUGUAAGGCAUAAAGGCUACAAAAUGAUAUUUUCUAUCAUCCUAAGAGGUGCAAAACCACCACAAUGUCAUGCUUAAUAAUACAAAGACACAAAAAAUGACCACAAAAGUAUGAAGGGGAAAAAACUAAAUCCAUGGCAAAAAUGAAUAAAAAAGAUGCAGGAAUCCAAAUAUUCUCAGUGAAGACAAAAAACGAGCAGAAAUGACCCUAAACCAGCACAAUUUGAGGAAAAAGGACCACUAUGUGACUACGUGACUACGUGACUACGUGACAUGUCUUUGUGAGAGCCACAAAGCCACUACAACAUGAUGCUAAAUACUGUGAAGAUACAAACAGACCAUAACAUGGCUGUAAAGAUACACAAAUCAAAAACAGAUGCAAGUCAAAUAUGAUUACUAUUCCUCUACUUUAAAUGCCCAUUUCAGUGGGAUCGUUUUGUUCUUUUUAAAUGUCUAUUAAAUGUUUUAUCAAAGUCUGACCAUGGUUGUAAAGAAAACCGCACGGCAAUAAAUAUGGACAUAAACAACUUACAGCAUCCAGGAAUCAGGCUAGGAAUCAACCUUGCUUUUAUUUUAUGAGAAAGAAACUGAACUUAAAGUCCCUGUAAAGUGAAAUCUAAAAUUUGUGUCUUAACACUCCAGAUGUGUUGGAAUAAGGUUGCUGUCUCUCCAAGCAGCAACAGUUCAAUUCCUGUCUGUUAGCAUCCCAAUGCUAAAGUUUAGUAUACCUGCUAAAUGUGUCACAAUAAAAGCCUCCAUCAUCAUUGAAGACUUUUAUUUUGAAGAGCAACAUCAGAAAAUGCAACUUAACAACAAAAACGUCUCAUGAACUGGAGAGAGACAUUACUUUGAAUAACUCAGAAAAUGAGAUUUAAGGAAUAGAAGCGUUAGAUAGAAGAGGAGAAAAUGAAACUGAGGCUUUUUUUUUUAGCUGUACUGCUGCUGACAUAAAUCUGAUUGUUUCUCUGCUGGCUUAACCCUUUAUAACCUGCCAUACAACAACUCCGCCAGAGCGUAUCUUUACAUUUUUACAUGCUGUAGUGCCAAUUUUUGGAGUAUUUGAAUUUGCUAUACAUCAAUACGACCCUUAGAACCCAAAAUUUAAUGACAUGUAAUGUGAUAAGUCUAUAGUAACAAAUUAAAUUGCUCAAAAGUGCAAAAAACCCACAAGAAAAAUGAAAAGCGUUCUUUUUUUGUACACAUUUUCUUAUAUACAGAGAUGUCGUAGCUGUAUCCCUCAAAAUCCUGAUUGUAAAAAAGUUGCACAGUAUCAUUACAACACCCCCAAAAAUUAUUUCCAGUAUGGUCAUAACUUAAUUUUUUAAAAUACACUCAUCUUUAUGAGCUGUGGCAAAACUGAAAAUAAAAUGACAUUGUGCUCAAUAUGCAAAAAGACAGCAUCUUUGUAAAAAAUGAAAUAUUUACAGUAGUGCAAUCAAAUCUCUAAGUGUGCCAGAUAUUUUUGAGCAUACAUGUGUUUGCAAAAGACCAUGUUAAAACAAUAACACAUGUGACUCGUGACCUGCAAGAAAACAACACGAUUAUAGCCCGGAUAAUAUUAUAUUAUAUUGUUUUUGAUGUGUGCGCUUUUUACUGCAUUUCUGCAAAAGAAGGAAGGAUAUUUCAAGAAGGAAACAGUACUCUGGAACACAUUGAAUUAGUGAUAUUUUAUUGUUACUCCUCCAGUUUUAUAUGCAAAAAUAAUUAUUGCUGUAUCUCAUUUGGUCACAGUUCUACCCUCAUUUAAAUAGAUAUGCAAAUGGUAGCGCUGGUGAUCCCGUAGGUUUUAAAGGGUUAAAAAAGAGACUUAUCACAGCAGCGUAGCAGACAGAGGUUUCCUCCAUUCAGGUUGAAGCAUUUUUUUAAUUUUAUGAGGAUCGUAUUUCUCAUGAGUGGGCGUGGCUUCAGCUCAUUCAACCGAGCUCAAACCAUCCUAGAGCAGAUAUUACUGCCUCAUUUUUCAUCAUUAUAAAUCUUAAUUUGAUAAACUUAGAGAUGUUUAUCAUGACUGACAUUUGGCAUGGUGGUUCAUAACACAGUGGUCUGUCAUACAAUAAACCUAAAAUACAGAUUUUUUUAAAUCCCUUUACAGGGACUUUAACAUGUUUGCAUUAAAGGGAAAAAUAAGCAUGUAAACCCAUUUAAGUGCUUGAAAGAAAACUCCACAGGGUACCUUUAAAUGACAACAUAAGCAGUUUAUUUCUGCCUUUUUAUUAGUUGAAUCAGUUCACUUUCAUCCACAGACUAAGAUCUAGUGUUUCCCAAGCCUUCAUAGCCAACAUCUUUUACAUGAUUAUUAUUUUAUACACAAAGAAGUAACUAUCCUUCACAAAGAACUUUCUUUUCUGUUUCCUCACAUAUUAAGACACCAGAAAAUGAUCAUGUUAACAGUACCCUCUCUAUUGUGUAUUGUCUGUCUUCAGUUUGUUUGGUAACAGCUCUUUAUGUUGAGGUUUAAUGUUUUCAAACCAUGGUGACACUCUAAGAAACUCUGCUAAUAAGCCAAAAGGAGUUCUGAUUGUUAAUAUUUAGCAUGUUUGAUGUUUUCAAUCUCCAGUCAGAGCGAGUCCAGUCAUCUUCUGAGCAGAACCACAUCCUACAAGUCCUGCAGCACCUGUAGAAAUUAAGGAUUUCUCUGGCUUUGAAAGCUUUUGGGUGUAUUUGGGGUGAAAAUAUACAUGACAAAGGUAAAGGCAUUUUUAUUAGCGUAGAUGUUUUAGUCUUUCCAGGCCUCUUUAAUUAGCUGUAGAUUAUCAGAUAAAUGUUAAAAUAGCUCAAGUUGCAGGAGACAAAAGCAGUUAAAGUGGCACUUCUCUCCAGUUUGAGAUGACGUCUCUCUUCCUUGUUUUUCUACUUUUUUAAAUCACAUACAUCCAAUCACAGCAGCUGUGUUUGGUCUAUAAUUGGAUCUAGGAACACGACUGUUUGACUCAGUGAGUCAUCAGAUUGUUGCUGGUUGUGAGGCGACAGCGCUCACCUUAUAUAUCAUUAAGUGUCGCUAGGUUUCUACUCACAGCGAUGUUGCUAAAUUUCUAGUAUAGGUUAGCUUCUCAUGUCUGCCUGUUAAAGGUCAAUACUCCACUUUUGACAUGUUUUUAAAAACAGACAGUAAAGUCAAACCUGCAAGUGAAAGCAGGGAAUUAUCCUUCAACAGUUAAAGCAGGCAAAGAGCUACAUUUGAAAUAGUCUGAGAAUAAAAACAGUAGAUCUAUGCUCAUUUAAGAUUAUAGUUGCUUCACUUUUUCAUCACAGAUCAUCUCUAAAGACAACACGAACGUACGAGAGGUGAAAGUUGUUGUGCAGACCUUUGUGUUUGUUGUUUUCUUCAGUAGUCCACAAGUUUUUCUGAAGCCAAAACGGUAUCCAUUAUUCACAUCCGCCUCUGGUUCUCGCUCUACAGGAAAACAUUUCAUUGCAAUACUGCAGCAAUAUGUAGCAGGAACGUUUGCUGUGCUGUGAGGCGUGAACUCUGCAGCUGAAUCAUUCCUCCGCUGCGUUCGACUGAAUUAGUGACAGAGAGGAAGAAGAGUACAGUCCAUGUGAGGCACAAACAUCAGCAUGGACGUGAAAUGUGUUCAUAACAUUAGAGAGAGGAUGCUCACUGCUGACUUCUGUCAAAUCAGACACUAUGUAGGCUGAUAUGGAACAAGCAUGAGUAAAAAUCACAUAUUUAUUUCUGUUAUAUAACGUUGCACAGCCAUCACAUUAAAAACCAUUUAUGUAUGUCAAACAAUGAGCAGGCCUGAGAGGAUAAACUGACUUUAUACAACUAAACAAACAAUAUAUUUACUGAUUAUUUUACUGAAAAAAACAUUUUCGGCAAAUCUGAGUUCAUUUGAGGCUGUACAAAACAUAGACACAGUCUAUCUAAAGUCAUCCACUGGUUUCUGAAGCAGAGUUUUGAAGCCAAACGAUUGGUCUUUAGCUUCUUGUACCAACCUGCCAGUCAACAAGGCCACACCCCUAAUUAUGCAUACCUCUUACGCCUCGUUUCAACUCACUUAUGUUUAAUGGUGACGUAUCAAAAUCUCAUUUGACUUUAAUACCUCUGUAACACGUCCACGGUACGGUAUUUAUUGCAGUAUCAAAAAAGAAUAAGAAAACUUGGAAAAAGUGACAUCAGUAUUUAUUAAACAGCAUUCAGAUUAGAAAUAUCUACUUUGGCUUCAGCGUGUUUACUAGCCCUCUAAAACAUACGUAGUCACCCCUGAAAAUGGCUGCACAUCUUUGGGGAUAUAUUCACCGUUACAUCUUGUGAUCUGUUGAGCCCUCGCGCUGUUGUAGGGAAGUGAAAGCUUCCUUAAGAAGCCUUUGGCCUGCUCCUCUCUGCGAAUCUUUUCAGGUUGAUGAUUUGCCAAGUGGCUCCUCGUGGUACUCGCACUCUCCAUCAAGUGUGUCACAGCAGUCGGGCAGUGUCUGCAUAUUGUUUUUUAUUUGUCCGCCACCUUUUCUCCUACCCCAGGAAACCAAAAUGCUUUUUCAUUUUAGAUUUAAAAGUCGUUUGAGUUUCCACAAUCUCAAAAACUUUGUCAUUCGGUUCUCUCUUGCCACUAAUAGCAUAGCGAACUCCACUAAAGAAAACUGCACUUUUUCCCUGAAAAUCUUUUAUUUCACAUGUCCACAGCAACACUGGGACACUUUUGUCAUCCUUUUGCAUUUUUGCCGCUUUUUAUCGUCUUUUUAUCAAAGUUUCAAAUGAUGACGUGGAAGAGAUGCACAGCAAACACAGUUUAUAGCAAUUACCAACUUCCAACUAUUGUUGCCUGUUCAGCUUUUCAGUAAAUGAUGCAUACAAUGUACCAUUGGUUCCCAACCUGGGGUCUGGGACCCCCCAGGGGAGGCGCCAAGAUCCUAGAGGGGGGCACAAGGUUUUAUCUGCUCUAAUGCUGCCAAAAUAGAUUUAUAAAUAUUGUCUAAAACCAUGAUAAAGUAGUUAUUUAGUAGUUUAUACAAAGGUCUUUUGACUCGAAAAACAUGCAUAGGCCUUUUUUUAGGGUUUUAUCAGUGAAACAAUUGAAAUCCAUGUUGAUUUUUGAUGGCAGUGUGUCUCUUUUUCUUCUCUCUUCAGUCCUGGGGCAGCUCCACUUUUGUUAGGUACAUAUGGGGGGCUCCUAGGAAAAAUAGGAAACAUUGCAUUAUACUACAUUAACAAUAACACAAAACCACGUCACGUUUUUUGGAACAAAUACACAUUAAAUAAAGCAUUAUAUAAAGAAACAUAAUUCUUUUAAAAUAUUAUAAAUAAAGAAAAUUAAAAUGCAAAAUCAAAAAAUGAGCACAGCACUGUUUCGCUUUUAACUAACAAGACUUUUAGUCCUGGAUUAAUUGAAUUCAUUUUACACAGACAGUUUAACGUCUUGUAGAAGAACAGUGCUACAGAAACAUUUUUUACUGAAUGUGUCAUUUUACAACCAGCUCAUAUGUUGGUGUAGCUGACUGGUUAAUAUUUCACAUCAGCCCAAAUUAAACAUCCAGUGAAGAGCCAUUGAGGAGUUUUGUGGUGGUAGAUCUGAUAUUUUCACUCUUUAAUGGAGUACAAACAGUAAAGCUGUGAUUCUCUGCUCGCUGCCUUAGAGCUCGCCCUAAGGGCGGCUGUCAGGAAGCUUUUACACCCAGGAGUACAUGAAACCAGGCUGAGUGCUUCAUGUUCAAGUCCAAAACUCUUUUUUUUAAUCCAAACUUAACUAACACAGUGGCUUGUUAAUUGUCAUUUGUGGCUCCAGAACAUUAAAUCAGAAAUUCUGUUUAUGUGAUAAAAUAAAUACUGUGGGUCUCAUGUUUUGGUUGUGUGAGGCUGAGGUACUUUGAAACAUGUUCUUCCAGUUGUGCUCCUGAUAAAUCUUUAUAGUGUGGUAUUUUCUUACUGAAUGGCUUAUUAGCAUGUUUUUCGAGCGCACCAUGGUUUAAUCGAUGAACACAGAGUUAAUCCUCUGCAGUUGUAUGUUGAUAAUGUGCCAUAAAUCUGUAUUAAUCUCCCCUGUUUACAUUUUCUUUAUGGACAAUCUGUGACAACAUCACACAUCUUUGUCGAGGCUUAUCCGACAUGAAUCUUCACAAAGAUUUGGAUGCUACACGUCUAAAGAAAAGACGGUUUAAUGAUUUUGUAUUUGCUCAGUGUAUUUGUGUUGUCUACUGUCUUUUUUCUGCCAAUGUUUGUAAAGUGCCUUUGUUGGAGCAGUAUUGAAUCACUUUACUGUUGCUAUGUUUCAUGUUCACUGUGCCUCUCGUUUACUCGUCUUUACCAAAGUAAAUCAAGUCGAUCCUUUUGUCUGGGCCCAUUCUGACUCCAUCAGCAGCGGCCUCUUAAACGGCGCUGAGUGUGAAACCUUAAAGCCUUAAAAAAGCUUAACCUUGUGUCAUUGAGGCAAAGUAUCUCAUCUGUUCUUGAUCUUUGGAAGGGGCAUGUAGUCAACUGUUGUUUCCUUCUCUUCAAUAAAAGCUUUGCAGUAGCA